UAUUGUCAACAACCCUAGAAUUGCAAAUCGGGCAUAAAAUAUUAGCAAAAAGGGAAUUCAGGAAACAAUCCGUAUUUAUCUUGAAUUUUACGCAGUAAAUCGACGCAAGAUGCCCGUGCUGCCGAUGCCGCCACUAAUGCAGAACGCAGUGGAGCCGAUGCAAGUGGAUGCACCGCCAAACGAGGAUAAUGAAAACAACGAGGAGCAGCCUAUUGUUGUGGAAAAUCCCAACAUCGAUCUGGAGGUGUACGCAAAUCAAUAUACCGGCAUAGUGCGACUGCACCGCCUGAUUUAUGUGGCCGACGUUUGUCCCAGCUUGGCGGUGGAAGCCCUGAAGAUGGCCAUUACCUAUGUGCAGACCACCUACAACGUAAAUCUUUACCAGGUACUUCAUAAGCGCCUGAGCGAUCUAACUGCCGGUAAUGCUCCGGCUCCGUUGGGAAAUGCAGGUGGUGACCAAGCAGCUCCAGCCGGUGGUGGUGCUGUGCCGGCAGUUGCUCCUUUGCCGGAUAUUGCCGCCCAACCAAUGGCCCAAGCUCAGGGACAAGCUCAACCUGCCGGCGAAAAGGAUGCCUUUGCAUACGACGCAGGUUGGGUGGACACUAAGAUGAAGAAGGCUGCCCUGAAGCUGGAGAAACUAGACUCGGAUUUGAAGAACUACAAAUCAAACUCGAUCAAAGAGAGCAUACGUCGUGGACAUGACGAUUUGGCUGACCACUAUCUCAGCUGCGGAGACCUCACAAAUGCCCUAAAGUGUUAUUCGCGGGCCAGAGACUACUGCACCAGCGGCAAGCAUGUUGUCAACAUGUGCCUUAACGUGAUUAAGGUCUCCAUUUAUCUCCAAAACUGGGCGCAUGUGAUGAGCUACAUUUCCAAGGCGGAAAGCACGCCAGACUUUUCCGAGGGAUCCAAGGAAGCAAACGCCCAAGUCCACACGCGGUUGGAGUGUGCUGCAGGCUUGGCGGAACUGCAGCAGAAAAAGUACAAGGUGGCUGCCAAGCAUUUCUUAAACGCCAACUUCGACCACUGCGAUUUCCCCGAGAUGAUCUCCACGAACAAUGUGGCGGUGUACGGUGGUCUUUGCGCCUUGGCCACAUUCGAUCGGCAGGAACUGAAACGACUCGUUAUAGCGUCCACAUCAUUCAAACUGUUCCUAGAAUGGGGACCGCAGAUUAGAGAUAUAAUAUUCAAGUUCUACGAAAGCAAGUACGCAUCCUGUCUGACUUUACUGGACGAGAUCAAGGACAACCUACUUGUGGACAUGUAUAUAGCUCCCCAUGUCACCAAUCUAUACACCAAAAUACGAAAUCGGGCUUUGAUUCAAUACUUUAGUCCCUACAUGUCGGCUGAUAUGCACAAAAUGGCCAUGGCUUUCAAUUCAUCCGUGGGCGACUUGGAGAACGAGGUGAUGCAGCUUAUAUUGGAUGGGCAGAUCCAGGCACGCAUCGACUCCCACAACAAGAUCCUGUACGCCAAGGAAGCCGAUCAAAGAAACAGCACAUUCGAAAGGGCUCUGAUCAUGGGCAAGCAGUACCAACGACAAACCAGGAUGCUCAUCCUUCGUGCUGCCAUGCUGAAAAGCCACAUUCACGUGAAGAGCAUCUCGCGGGAGGGUGGCAGUAACCAUGGCGCCGAGCUUUGCGUAUCUGCCGGAUCCUCCACAACCGCUCAGCUGGCCAGGAUCUAAACCCUGUAUACUAACCAUAAAUAUUUGAAUAUCACACAUAUGUGAUGGAAUAAAGAAUUUUAGCGAAGCUAA